GGAGCUCAGAAUCACUUCCACCUUUUCCAGUGAAGUAAGAGCAGCACAGACUGGGUUUAGCCUGCUCCCUGAGAACAUGUACAUGGGAAGGAUGGAUCUGCAGGCCUGCAUUCUCUUGUGGAUCAUCUGUUUUAAUGUUUCCAAAGGUUUAACUUUGAACCCUACAGAGAUAAUGUUCAACACUACAGCUACCACAGAUACAAGGAAUGUGACGACUCCAAGUCCAACCCCAUUAGCAGCAUCUACAGCAGCCAAUGUAGAAACAUCAACACAGACAACAAACAAGGCUACAUCGUGUCCCUCCACUUGGACUGUAACCCCCACUCUACAAUCAGCAGUCACUUCAGCUCUGUCAGGGCCUUCCUCAACCACAAUAGGGCAUUCUAGUUCUAGCUUCAUUAAUGUGAUUAAAGGAAACGAAGACGGCAAACCGAACACUAUGACUGAGCCGCUGCACAGCAAACCGAACACUACGACUGAGCCACUGCAGAACACAUUGAACACUACGGCUAGCAGUUUUACAUCCUCUCCAGGGCCUGUUACCUCCAGUGGUACUGAACCAUCUAUAAGCUUUGGGUCUACAGGAAGUUCAACCUUUGAACUAGUGACUACAUCUACGUUGCCCCUGACGACGUACGCAAGAGGCAAUGCAAGAACUGACCGUUCUGGGCUGACAAGUUUAUCAACUCAGACUGAAAACAAAACAUCUUCAUUACUGGCAUCUGCUUUUCCUGCUGAACAACCACAAAACAAUCUCACCAUGUUAGCUUUUGGGGUAAUGAGUCUGAUUCUGAUCCUGAUUGUCGUCAUGGUGAUUCUGGUCACUGUCGUUAAUCUGAGGGGGAAGUGCCACCAAUCUAAGGAAGCCGAAGGUAAAAAGUCUGGAGAUUCGGGUGUGUCUGAAAGCAAUUCUGCUAAUUUAGAAAAAGAAAGCAUAACACUGGUCUCCAUGAAAAGUUUGAACAUAGAGACAGGGAAUGGAAGUGUGCCCGGCAGACUCGCCAAGGAUUUGCUCCACUCAUCGUACAACUAUAGAGAAUGAUGAACACGGAAGAAACUGUCACGAUGUGCACAGUACAAAGUUGGUGUAACUGAUCAGCUUUACAAUCUGAGAAGACGGUUGAUAUAUAUUUCAGCAAACACAGGCUACAAACCAUCACCAUUCCACUGCUUUACAGGGAGUGACUCAGUCAGCUAAUUCACUUUCAUGCUCUUCACCUCUGGACUGGCUGGUGAAAUACGUAUGCUGGUCUGAUCCCACAGCACAUUAGUGUUGAGCUCAAUGUCAGUCUCUGCUUGACAGGAGCCGGGGCUGAAUGAUAGGGUAUUUUCAGUCCGAACUGUGCUCUAGCUGGGAUGGGAAGCUCCUAUAGACUGUAGUCAGUGCCAGUUCUGUGUCAAAAACAUUUCAAUAAAUAAAUACAUAUACAUUA